ACAAUCUUUUAUUCUCCUGACCCGGGCGGCUUUUUGGAUAUCCUUGGUAGUGGUGUUGGCAACUUUACAUGUAGACUAGAAUAGAAGUUAAGACAGACAGUUAGUUACCGACUCGCGACAAUCCUGAUAAAUGUAUCUUACUCUAGCAAUUUGCACUAAAACCUAUAGAAAGCUGGUUUUCUUUCUUUAGUCUCCACUCGCCCAGUCUGAAUAUGGAUUCUAGAUAUAUUUUGGAGCAACCGUCGGUUGGGACAAGCGUCGCUGGUGCGGAUUUUAACUGCCGCUCCGUGCUCCGCAACAACCGGGUGGAGAAAAACGGCCCCAUGCCGGUGUACACAAACGGGCCCGUCUUUUACAAAUUUGUAAUGGGCGGCGGCUCAGUAUCGGAGGUUAAAGGACAGCGAACCUCUGCAAAAGGGAACGGACUUUCUCCGGGUGAUCGAAUAUUGUACGACGUUGAAAAAACUGGCCUGGGGGACCAAAAAGACACUAGUUCUUCUGGAAUCUUGAAGAGGGCCAGCCCUACUCACUGUCCAGGCAUAAACGGGCAGUUCCCAGGCAGCUUCAUGCACUUGGACAUCAGGAAUCCAGGAAAACAUGCCGAGCUGCCCAACAACUUCAGGGCGGCACAAGGGCGGAUCGUACCACUGACAGAGAGGCAACCUCUCCCUUCCUCCCACAUCCCCGUCCCCAGAAACAGGAAGCCCUCAGGUCAUGCUGAUAAGGAGGUGAUGGCUGCCACCGUUCUUACCUCACUAUCCACGUCCCCUUUGGUGCUCAACCCUUCCUCAGCAGCCACAGUUCCAGAGCCAACCAGCAAGGCCUGGAAAGAGAUGCUGUCAGCUAGCUACAGCAGUUCGACCAGUGGAAACUGGAGCUUGGACACCAGCGACCAAUCCGUGCCCUCCACACCAUCUCCACCUCUUUCCAGUGAUGCCAACAAGAACUUCCUGCUCUCGUCCCAGGGUUAUGAUGUCAGUGAGGAUGUCCAAGAGAGCACACACUUCAUGUUUGAGGACCCCAUACCUCGGAAGCGAAAGAACUCCAUGAAGGUAAUGUUCAAGUGCUUAUGGAAGAACUGUGAAAAAGUCCUCAGCACCUCCUCAGGGAUCCAGCGACACGUCCGCACCGUCCACUUGGGGCGAAGCAGCGACUCAGACUACAGCGAUGGAGAGGAGGACUUUUACUACUCGGAGAUCGAGGUCAACGUGGACAGCCUUACAGAGGGCUUGUCCAGCCUCACGCCCACCUCCCCCACCACGUCUGGCCCUCCGCCGAUCUUCCCUCCACCACUCACCGCUGUCCCUCACUCUGAACACAUCAAUAUGAACGAUUUGCAGAGCCAAGCCCCGACACUGCUCAGUCAGUCAGCUCCUUCCACGCUUUGUCACAUCCGCACUGACCACGCCUACCAGGCCACUGCUCCAGUGAGUAUCCCAGUGGGUCCUGAGCUGGCUGGGUUAGGCACUGGUAAUGGGACCGGGCCUGGAAUUGGGACAGGGAACGGCAUCAGUGUGUCAUGGCAAUCCCCUCCUGUCAUUUUCAAAGGCGUCCCGGGGCCUGUCGCUCACGUCCGAACAGUUAGCAUCGGUGAAAAGCGGCAGCCCACAGCCAGCACACACACCACCGUCAACAAGAACCAUGCUUUAAUAACGCCGGCACCUAAAUCAACAACAGGAACCAGGAAACCCCGUGGGGAGGCAAAGAAGUGCAGAAAGGUGUACGGCAUGGAGAAGAGAGACAUGUGGUGCACAGCCUGCCGCUGGAAAAAAGCCUGUCAGAGAUUCACCGACUAAUCCAGUCGCCUCCCCGUGUCCGUGAGAUGAGCUCCUUCUCACUCGGAGCGACAGAUGUAGGUGGACUCUUCCACUGAGGAGACGAGGGGAGAUUUCUUCACGAUGGAACUCGCGGUGUUGCUUCCUCCAGCAUCACAGGGAGUUUGCUGUCUCUCUUUUCCGUUUCCAAAACACAAAGAGAAAAUACAACUGGUGGGUAAAAACAAACGACAGCAAAGUCUGCAAGAAAAAAAGAACUUUAUGCAGGUUUGGAGACUUUUUCCAAGACUGAAACCCAUGAAUAAGGAAAACAUUUAAAUGGGAACCUUCUGAUUUGAUUUUUUGUUUUUCUCUAGCCAUUUCUCACAGCCUCAACUAAAGGCAAUCUUUAAAGACUACAGAUACGCUUUUUGGUAUACUCAUACUGGUAUGUCGUUUAUUAUAGGAGCAUCAAAUAGUCUACUGUUUAUGGGGUGGAACGGGACUUUUUGGAGGUUCAAGGGUUAACACCAGAUUUGCUCGGUAAGACCUCUGUAGCAUGUCAUUUUUUCACUGUUAAAGUGACCUAAAACCUACCAAAGGCAAAAAGCCUGUUCACUUACAACCAACAGUUUAGGUGUAAGCUAAAUCCUGAAUCUAGCAUCACUGUCUUUUUCAGCCUUACUUGAUAUCGACUUCAUGUUGAAGUACAUAUAUUGUUCAUUAAGCAAAUUCUGUACAGCUAGCUCUACUUCACACACUGCACAAAACCCUCACACACAAGUGGUACAAAAGGGUUACCCUUGACUUUCCAAAAUAUUUUUUAGAGAUGUACACAAUAUAUGAAAUAUCUCUUCUUCUC